AUGGGGGAGUCUAUCCCGCUGGCCGCCCCGGUUCCGGUGGAACAGGCGGUGCUGGAGACGUUCUUCUCUCACCUGGGUAUCUUCUCUUACGACAAGGCCAAGGACAAUGUGGACAAGGAACGAGAGGCCAACAAGAGCGCGGGGGGCAACUGGCUGUCGCUGCUGGCGGCCUUGGCCCACCUGGCCGCGGCCGAGAAGGUCUAUCACAGCCUCACCUACCUGGGGCAAAAACUAGGGGGCCAGUCCUUCUUCAGCAGGAAGGAUUCCAUCCGAACCAUCUAUACGUCCCUGCACAACGAGCUGAAGAAGGUGGUGACUGGCCGCGGCGCCCUGGGCGGGACCGCCCCGCACGUGGAGGAACUGCUUUCCCACCUGUCAGAGCAGCUCUGCUUCUUCGUUCAGGCCCGCAUGGAGAUCGCAGACUUCUACGAGAAGAUGUACGCCCUCAGCCCGCAGAAGUUCAUCAACGCUGAGGAGCUCGUUGGCCUUUUGGACGCCAUCCUCAAGAAAUACAGCUCCAGAUUUCACCACCCCAUCCUCAGCCCUUUGGAAAGCAGUUUCCAGCUGGAAGUGGACGUCCUGAGUCAUCUCCUGAAGGCCCAGGCUCAGGUCUCAGAGUGGAAGUUCCUCCCGUCUCUGGUGAACUUGCACAGUGCUCACACCAAGCUGCAGACUUGGGGCCAGAUCUUUGAAAAGCAGCGGGAGACCAAGAAACAUCUGUUUGGAGGGCAGUCUCAGAAGGCCGUUCAGCCCCCACAUCUUUUCCUCUGGCUGAUGAAACUCAAAAACAUGCUUCUUGCCAAGUUUAGCUUUUACUUUCACGAGGCACUGAGCCGACAAACGACUGCUUCAGAAAUGAAAACGCUGACUGCGAAAGCCAACCCAGACUUUUUUGGAAAGAUUUCCAGCUUCAUCAGGAAGUAUGAUGCUGCCAAUGUGUCCUUAAUCUUUGACAACCGAGGUUCUGAGAGCUUUCAGGGUCACGGCUAUCACCACCCCCAUUCCUACAGAGAGGCCCCUAAGGGAGUGGACCAGUAUCCAGCCGUGGUGUCUCUGCCCAGCGACAGGCCCGUCAUGCACUGGCCCAAUGUCAUCAUGAUCAUGACAGACCGCAUGUCCGAACUGAACAGCUUGGAAAAGGUGGUCCACUUCUAUGAUGACAAAGUUCAGAGCACCUACUUCCUAACCCGCCCGGAACCUCAUUUUACCAUUGUUGUCAUUUUUGAAUCAAAGAAAUCUGAAAGAGACUCCCACUUUAUUUCCUUCCUCAAUGAGCUCUCACUUGCCCUUAAGAACCCCAAAGUUUUUGCGAGUCUGAAGCCUGGCGCCAAAGGCUAGCAGGUGGUUUGUGUGAAAGGUUUGCAAGACUGGGAAGUUUGUUCCUAAUUGCUCUAAUGAUCUGCUGUGGUCUGUGAUUAGAGUUUCCAUCCAUUCAUGCUUCUUUCAGAGCUAAAUUAAAGACAAAUCCUCCCUAAUUGUGUCACACACUUUAUAAGCAAUUAAGGCCAAUUGAAUUAAGUAUCCAAAGAGUAAUCUAGGAAGUGAUCAUGGCUACUGGGUCUCUCCAUGGUACAGCAGAGUACCUGCAGUAUUUUCUCCUAUUUUCCUGUGUUUCAUGUAGACUGAAUAUUUAUUGGCCUUUGGUUGUUCUUUCCACCUGUUUUAUAUUGUUCUAAACUUUGUUUUAAUGCAAUUCCAAAUGCCUUCUCUUUUCCCCUCCUUCCAGGACCAGUAAAUGGGAUAAGAUAUUAAAUGGCCUUUUCAGAAUCAAGGACUGUAUGUUUUUUAUCUCAUAAAUUAGCAAAUUAACAUGAAAUUAGUUUUAUGAUUCUCAUCAACAAAUUGAUAUUUUGGAUGGGUUCUUUGGGUGUAGGUGUAGGUGAUCUACACACCUAACUGCAUUUGUGUUUACUGUUACAAAGUAUGAAUUUUUCACUCUGUUUGAAAGUUAGUAUGAGCCAUAAUGUGGGGUUUCUUCACUCGUUGGCAUAUUAUCUACUUGGCUUUCUGUUUAUCACCUUUCUGCUGAGAGGUAUGUUCACGUUUGGCUCCACUCCCUGCUUAUUCUUAGGCUGCAAAAGCAUGUAGUCUUCGUUUUUCAGCCACUUUUAGACAUUCGUGUGACUUAGCCUGCUUUUAUAAUAUCAAAAUGUUGGUCUCAAUACAUUGUACUUGCUAAAAAUCAAUUGUGCAUUCAAAAGACCUCUUCAUAGUUGAGUAAUCAGAUCAGUACUUAAUUUAAGCACAUCUGAACUUGGGUUUCAGGACUGCCUCCUCCAGAUUAUUCUUAGAAGCAGUGAUCCCUCAUAACACAUGCUGCCUUUUCCUUCAGUAGGUGUUCAUGGGGAAGUAGAUGGACCCGUGAAGGCCUGAUGGGCUGUGAACUUCACUUCUAGGUUAUUGAUUCAGAAUAAAAAUAAGCCACAAAGAAUCAUUGCGUUGUUACUAUUUGAUAGUUCCUUCAACGCCUGGAUGCUUGGUCUGGUUUCUCAUGAUUGCACAGAGCCAGGGUUUUCCUGGGCUGCCCCAACAGGUGAGCUGGCCGUGGGCAGAGUUGCUCCCAGCCUGUGCCCAGAGGCCUGCCCACCUCAGGCAGGACUACGUGCUGGGAGGAACUAGUGGCCUAUUUUCUAUUUCUUUUCUUUCUUUCUUUAUUAAAACAAAAGUCACCUAUGUAAAAAGCCAGUUUGCUUUAAAUAGAAAGUAGUGAUUUACUUCUGCAUUUUAUUCACUCAGGUUCUAUAAAAAUCUGAACAUUGAACUUAUAUAAAACAUUGAAAACAAUUAGAACUAAAAAGUCAAAUCAUUUUUCUUCCCUUUUGUGUUUUGCCAAGAAGCUAAAAAAUAUUUCUUGGUGUUCAUGGAUUAUUUUUUUUCCUAGAUAAAACCACCAUUAGCCUUAAUGAUGUGGUCUCCCAUGUACCUAAAAGAAAUAUGCUUCAGUGGAACAUGGAAGAAGAGUGUAAAUAAAGCUUAUAUAUAAUACUUAUUUUUUAAUUUUUUUUUUAAGAUUUUAUUUAUUUAUUUGAGAGAGAAUGAGAGACAGACAGCAGGAGAGGGAGGAGGGUCAGAGGGAGAAGCAGACUCCCUGCUGAGCUGGGAGCCUGAUGUGGGACUCUAUCCCGGGACUCCAGGAUCAUGACCUGAGCCGAAAGCAGUCGCUUAACCAACUGAGCCACCCAGGCGCCCGCUUAUAUAUAAUAUUUAAAUAACCCAGUCCUUGUCUAGAACAUAUUUUAAAUGUAUAUUUAUUUUUGAACAUAUUUUGGUUCAAGCCAAGAAACAAAAUGAUUCUACUCUGAGAUUUGUCCUUCAGUAAUGAAAUGAUCUGUAAAGUCUGUGUUUUGCUAAUUGGAAGAGUAAAUCUGCAUAUUUUCUGCAGACUGUUUACUUUGAAAUUGUUUCUAAACCACAGCUUGAUCAGUUUUUAUGUGUAACCAGGAGUGUGGUCAACACUUACUGAGUUUGCCAACAAGUCCAUGAAGGAGUGUUCACUUGAGGAUGCUGUUUGGACUCAGGGUGAACGUUCACAGCUCUGUCCUCUUGGGUCCAACCUGGUAUCUGACGACAUCAUUUUAGGGAGUGUGUGAAAAUACAGUCGUCCCCCCUUAUCUGCAGUUUUGCUUACCUCGGUUUCAGUUAUCCGCGGUCACCACAGUCUGGAAGCUGAAAGCCGGGGCUCCUCCUCACGAAUCACCAGGAGGUCAGUUGUAGCCUCUUGCUACAUUACAAUGCCUGUGUCAUUCCUGUCACUUCAUCUUGCUGUGUCAGCACUGGAUCAUCUCCCGUCAUCCCAGGAAGGGUGAGUA